AUGUAUCAUCGUGCAUCGGGCGCCGAGCUCAGUGCCCUCCGCUUUCUGAGCCGAGACUGUGGCGACGGCGGCAUGACUUGGGCGAUGGCAGUCGGCCUGGCAAAGCUACUAGGACACCGGCCAGAGUACCCUCGACUUCGGGUUCUUGAGCUUGGCGCUGGGCCAGGCCUCGUGGCUCUGCUGCUGGCCGCGCGAGGCCAUGAGGUGGUGGCCACAGAUGGUGCGGACUGUGUUCUGGCGAAUCUGCGGAAAAACACGGCGGAGCAGAGUCGGAUUAGUGUGCGUCGGCUGCGCUGGCACGUGGACGAUGAUCUCAGACAUUCGCUUGGUGCUUUUGACCUGCUGGUGGGUGCAGACCUCGUGCAUGACGCUACACAGUGCGAUGCCCUUCGAGCAGUGCUCAGGGCGGUCAGGGGAGCUUCGGAGGUUCUGCUCAUGGAGCGCGACAGGCUGGGGCAGGGGCGGCGGUGCGCGGAGCUCCUGCGCGGCGAUGGCCUGGACUUGGAGCUGGAGCCUGCCUCGGCGACCUCGGCGAUCUCGGCCACGGGUGAUGUGAUUGUGGACGGCCAGCGCAAUCCACCACAUCUUAUGUCAGAGAUGGCUUCCGCGCUUCUGAUUCGCCUAGCCCUGCCAGACCUGCGGGAAAAGGGCCGGAUGGCGAACUUCGAGGACCGUGAGACACUAGAGGUUCUUUGCGCUCGCCUGCGCACUGCAUCAGCACCAGUACAGCGGGCAGUGCUAGAGGCACUGCCCCAUGUGGCCGCUCCAUGCAGUGAGCCUGCUCUGGGCGCAGUUAGAGCUGCGCUGAAGGAGCGCGACACGAGCGUUCAGGUGGUUGCCAUGGCUACAUUGGCUGCUCUGGCUCCCGGGCACGUGGAGGCUCUCAAGGCGCCUGAGGCCCUGGCUGCUCCGUGGCCCAGGAUGAUGGCUCCACCGCAGAGGCUCGGCGCCACCGCACUGCCCCCUGCCGUUCCCGCACAGCUGCAGCGUGCAAGCACGACGACAGGGGGGCACCCAGUUCCACAAACCCUCCAACGUGCCAGCACAGUCACAGGGGCAAGAGCUCCUGUCCUCAGCCGAGCAUGCACCCUCACACUGCCAAGCCCGCCCGCACUUAGUGUGCCGACCACACAGCAGGCACAGGCAAUCGUGCUACAGCGAACUGGCACAGUGACACUGGCGGAAUCCACCCCAGGCUUGACGGCACAGCCAGCACAACUGCCGGCUCAGCCUUUGCAGCGUGCUGGGACAGUGACGAUGCCGGAAACGGCUGGAACGAGUGCGAGUGCGGCACCAGUGCGGGUACUUUCUCCAGCCCCGGUUACGUCGAUCGUCUCGCAGGCGACAUCCGCCUGCUCCGUGCGGCGCAUGCCUACAAAGGAAGACUUGCCGGAGGUGGGUCGGCUCCUCUUUCAGUCCAUGCUCGGACGUUUGGAGGCACCGGAGGAGGAGCCGCCACGGCAGCUUCGCCUGGUGAUCGGGGGCUUGAUGGGCUCCGGCAAGAGCACAAUCUGCCGUAUGCUUCGGCACCUGCUAAAAGGAACCUGGAUCAACCAGGACGAGUUUAGCAGUCAGAAGAACGCCAAGAAAGCCUUCCUCAAAGCGAUAGCAGAAGCAGCGGCUGAUGAUGCCGUGGCUGUUCUGCUUGUUGACAAGAUCAGCACCGAGCGGCAACAUCGGAGUGGAAUUGUCCAGGAGAUGCGAAAAGGACGUCCAGGUGACAUUGUCUAUGUGCAGAUCAAGCAUCCAGAUGAUGCGACAGACCGUUGGGAGAAUACCCUGAGUUGGUGCGAAAGCCGAAUUGCCCGGCGUGGGUCUGGACAUCGCACCUUGAUGGCAGACAACCCGCAGCUGCGUUCCAUACUGCAGCGGACAGCUCAAGCCGCGGAGCCCCUGAGCAAGGAGGAAGCCCGAAACUUUGCUGCCACACUACGUGUCAACAUGGUGCAGACUUCCAUUGUGCAGGUGAUGAAACUGCUGCAGGAUCUGGACGAGGUGGGGCUCCUGGAGCCUCGCUUCGAACUGGCUUCGCUGCUGCAGGAGCAUCGAUUGCUCCAGGCACAGGACGCCGCGAACAGGGCGGAGUGGGAGUUGGCGGCCGCAGCCAGCAAGGGCAAGGGCAAGGGCCAGAAGGACGAGAGCCCGAAGGGCCCUCCACCGGUCUGGUACUGGGUGGUGCAGCUCGACGAGGUGUCCUCGGAGCUUCUCCUCAAGCGCUGGGAGCAGCAGGAGGAUUAUGACACGGCAGUAGCCUCCGGCAUCUCGGUAGCGAAGGAGCAUCAUGUCACGCUGCUGUAUUUGGGCGGUGGCAAGGACGAAGAAGUUGCUACAAGGAACCCGAAGUUGGAAGGGCCAGCCCACGUUGCUCAACUGCGGGAGGAGUUCAAACGGCGCGCAGGGGAGAAGGUGGACCUUGACGUGACGAGCAUCGUCUGGGAAGAAGGUCGCAUUGCCGCAGCAUCUGUCGCGCUGCGUGGCGGCAUUGACCAGCUCUGUGCGAACGUGCACCCCCACAUUACGCUGGGGACAGCCGCCCGUGUGAAUGCAGUGAAGAGCAACGAGGUGCUUGCCCGCCGAGCGGCAACGCUAGACCUGCAGUCGGGCCUGCAGGCAUGGCUGCAGCAACUGAGUCUGGCACAGUAUACGGAGCGCCUCGCUGCUUGGUGCCUGCAGAUGGGUGCGGCCUCACCGGAGGAGCUCGCAGAGUUCGCGUCGGAUGCCGCCGCAGCGAUAGAGACCGACGACCCUGAAGCUCAGGCCCGUGUGGCGGAGGUGCUGAAGAGCGCCGUUGAGAGGCCGCUGCAGGAGCUGAGGCUGGCCAAUCCAUUGCAGCUGACUGGAGUCAUUCACGGAGUGUCUUUGAAGCGGCAUUGA